UAAUAAACCGCAGGUACAUCUGCUAAGCAAUCUGCAAACCCUCCUACAUUCCCCCCGAAACCAAGUCUUUCUACCCUCCCACAAGCAAAUCCAUAGGGAUCUUCGUUUCAUCUGAUUGGUCGGGGAUGUGGCAACAAGGGGCGAGAACAAUGGCAUCAUUCCUCCUUAAAAAGAGUGCAGCUAUGCCUUGGAGACGAAAGCAUUUUAGGAAGAGAAAGAUCAAUAGACGAUAGAUACAGUCUGAUUCAAAGUUUCAAGCGUGCCUCUUAUUCACCCUAAACCUGGGUUUUAAUUUUCUGGCACCUAUCAUUUUUCGUCCUAAGUGCCUUUUUUGUUUUUAAACGCAAAGAUGCCCAAAGGUUUCUUGGUGAAAAGGAACAGAAAGGCCGGGCACGUCUCCUACAGGAUUCGCAGCGAUGAGGAAAACGACGAGAAAAAAAUUCAAGCUUUGCCGAGAAAAACCGAGUCGCCCUCACCUGUGCCCGUCGCAUCCAGCCCCAACGACGAAGGAACAUCACCAAAGCCGGCGGCUGACACGCCGGUCUCAGUUCCGGAUGCUAAACCUAUCCAGUUCGGCAACCCGGAGGCCGUCUACCAAGGACUCUACAGCCCCACCCGGCCCAUCAGUAAAGAGCACGAGAGAAGAUAUUUCGAGAGAAGUUUCAAUCUGGGCUCGCCUAUUUCCGCUGAAUCAUUCCCGACACCCGCCGCUCUCACCACUUUAGAUCAGCUUCUGUUUGCUCCCGUGGACUUAAAAAUCGGCACCAGCAACAGCAACCGCAGCGGUACCACCAGCAGCAUCCCUACCACUGCCAUCAGGAACACCAUCAAAAGGUUAUCAUCCGACAAUGAACGGAAGGGGAAACCUGUCGCGAAGAAACCCAAAGCAAUCAGAAAGCUCAAUUUCGAAGACGAAGUUACAACUUCACCCGUGCUUGGUCUGAAAAUAAAAGAAGGUCCGGUCGAUCUAAAGCCGAGACCACUGUCAUCCGGAGGAAACAAGCCUUUAGGCGAGUUCAUCUGUCAGCUCUGCAAGGAAGAAUAUGUUGACCCGUUUUCUUUAGCUCAGCACAAGUGCUCCAGAAUAGUGAGGGUUGAAUAUAGGUGUCCUGAAUGUGACAAGGUUUUCAGCUGCCCAGCAAACCUUGCCUCACACAGGCGUUGGCAUAAACCGAGACCUCAAAACGCAGCAGCAAUAUCAGCUGCCCAGAAUACCAAAUCUGAUAUCGCCAAGAUGCCUUCAGGUGUCAAGGCCGUGUCCGAAGACGAAAAAGAAACAAGGACCGAUAUUGUCUGUGACAGGGACACCCCCAGCCCCGGGUUGUCGGAGUCCGGAUCCGAAGAUGGUCUGUACGAUUGUCAUCAAUGCGGGAAAAAGUUUAAGCGCCAGGCGUACCUUAGAAAGCAUCUUUUGGGACACCAAGCAUUGCAGAAUAAAAUACUCGAAGACCAGGAAUUCCAAAACGCGGUGAAGGAGGAGACGCUCGGCCAGGUUCCUGUUUCAGACGAAAGCCAAAGCCUAGGUCCCUUGAAUCUAAGCCCAGUGGAAUGUUUGCUAUGCCCGGUGUGUGGCGAGAAUUUCCCCAACAGGGCCAGCCAAGAGCGGCACCUUCGCCUGCUGCACUCGUCCCAGGUUUUCCCCUGUAAAUACUGCCCCACCACUUUCUACAGCUCACCGGGACUUACAAGGCACAUUAACAAAUGCCACCCCUCGGAAAAUAGGCAGGUUAUCCUCCUCCAAAUGCCCGUGCGCCCUGCUUGCUAAAUACAAGUCGUGCCUUUACGAGGGAAAAGAGUAGCACCUCCAUGACAAUAAGAACUACGCGCAGCACAAAAGUUCAAGUUGUCUGUGUCGGAGGGUUUACUUUUCCUUUCAAACCAAUCAAUGGCUAACGAAAUUUUAUGGAAUUAUAACUUGAAGCAUAUAUUUUCAGAUUUCUUUUAAGUUAGUUUAUCAUACAAAAAAACAAGACGUUAGUUUGACUGUUAAAAGUAUUUUUCUAGAACCGCUGAACACGUGUUAAUGUAUUAGCUUCUAGACCUAAGAAAUUGUUAUUAUAAUGUAGGUGUACCUGUUGGCAUAAAAGCCUUUAAUUCACAUGCUGUAAAUGUAUCUUUCAAUUUAGCUUUAUUAUAGCUUGUGAAUCGCUGACAUUGACUUUUAGCCCCAACCUGAAACAAAUCCUAAUUAUUUAAAUUUAGUGUAGCCACAAAUGCCUUUAGAGCUCUUCAACAUGUGAAUAAUGCUGUAUAAUUGCCUUAAAAAGUUUAGUGUCAAAUAAUGAUUGUUUUUCUUUUUUUUAAUGAAGCUGGCACAUAUUUUAUUAUCGUUAUCAAUCUUAUUGCAAUGUUUCUUCAUAAUAUUUAUUUAUUUAUUCAAAAGUGAUUAUUUUAUGUAAAUUAUUGUGUCGUGUGAUUUAUCCCGUGAGUCAUCCUGACAUUUCAUGUCGUAGCCAAAUGUUUCCUCUGUCAUAUUUAUAUAUAAGUUGUUUCAAAUGUUGUAGACGGUUUACAAAUUUACUACAAUCUACACAGCUCUUGUAAAACGUAAAGCUCUUACUUUAGGCGCAGUCUUUUUCUAUACACAGGCUAUUUUCUUAAAUGUUAGCUUUUCUAGCGCUUUGAUCGUAUGUUUCAACUGUGUUGCCUAUCUAUCUAUUAAAUAAAUAAACAAAAAUAUUUUCCAAAAUUGA